AUGUCACUUCUGAGCACGCCGCAGACGGGACGGUGGAGGGAUUAUAGCGACGGACAUCGCUUGCAGACGUUGCAACACGAUUCUUGGCGAGAAGCGCAAUGGUUCAAAGUCAGCAUUGCUAUCAGUCUUACGCUUGCGUCACCCUACGUACUGCGAGUCAUCCUCAGUACAAUCACGUGUGUUAAGCUCUACCUUUUCCCAACGACAACGCCAAGCGAUCCCGAAGAUGAAUUUGCCAGCCACCUUGUUCCAUCAGGGACUAUGAGCACUACAAAGGGUACGAAAGGAGGACUGAGAUAUUGGGUGUCCAGCCUUGCCGCCCAAGACCCUUGCUGGGAAGCUCGGCAUCGAUUCUUUGGCUCCUUUCUCCUUGCAUCGUUUCUGUUGGUGCUGUACCAAUCCAUUGUGGGGAUACUUCUGACCGACAACGUCGCAAGAAGCAGAUCAGCCCUGCUAAAGUCAGAUGCAUGUGGCCUUUACGAAUACGACAACGAAAAAGCCGGCGAAGAAGAAGCUUCAAAAGCUGAUAUGCUCAUGGUGGACAGAGAAAGACGUGCGGCGACCUAUGCGCAAGAGUGCUACAACCAUGAUUCCAUUACGAACGUCAAAGCCACGAACUGCGACUUCUUCUAUAACUCAACCAUCGGUUAUGAAGUGCAGGAAGAUAAAUGCCCCUUUGACAGGACCGACAUAUGCGUUGAUGGCUAUCAACCCGGCUCGGCCAUCACCUUUGACACCAACUGGGUCAACUUAGGAAUACUAGGUAUCAACGAGAAAUCCAUGCACAAAUUUCGACGCAAGACAACAUGUGCGCCGCUGAGCGCAGAGCGGCCUUUUGUCCAACACUUCACCAACAGCGGGACGGGCGAGUCGGGGUACAAGUACUUUUAUGGAUCGCUCUACGAUACGAGGAACUGCUCGGACGAAGUUCAUGCUCCUCCAACUGUGCUCUCGGAAUACACUAUGCGUAUAACGGGCCAUCCAUUUGACUGGCAAGCGCCCGUGUACAAAGUCAAUACUUAUGCAACCUCCUUGCUGGACCCGACAUGCGACUUUUACCAGCCGUCACCAGAUCUGCAAGCUUCGGGCCUAUUGCCACACCGAACCAAGACCUUGAGCCUCGUCUUCGUUACGGCUUUACGCAUACUUUACACCAAGCGUAGUAACGACCCCAUCUUUCCCGCCGAUAAAGCUUUCCAGUACCCUGGUGAUAAGGGCUAUUACUACUACAACUCGCAGCCGAAAGCGCGAGCGUUCGCCUGCAUAGAUGAGACGAUCUUCUGUGCACCUUCGGGCUCUCCAUGCUGGCAUGCCAACGACCCAAUACCAGCUGGCGGAUCCAAUACAUCAUCCUAUUGGUUCAUGAAGUACGCAUUGAAAAGCUCAAACACCUACGAUGCUAUCAAACUGCGUUUGGGAAGCGGGCUUUUGGCGCAGCAACGAGUCGGCCAGUCUAGAUCGAUGCCACUGGCUGACAAUCACUGGCAACUGGAAGCCGAGCAUCUAUUCAAGACAUCUCUUGCAAGAGCCCAGUUCGACGCCUGGAGCAUCGCAAGUGCAGAAGAUCACGACAAUCCGACUUAUACCGAUACACUUCCUGAUGAAGCGAGGGGGAACAUGUGUGGGCUCUUCAAGUUCCAAGCAUCUGGCUACAUCAACAUUCGUAUACAGCCAUUUGUUUGGUUGAUGUUAGCCUGGCCCCUUAUGCUGCUCCUAAGCAUCGAACUCCGAACCUACGAGAAGCUGUGGAAAGUCGCUAUAUCGGACAUCAGAAGGAUGAGCAAACAGCCAGCCAGGUCCAACGCAGAUGCAACUGCGACAACAACAGUCCCGACUACAAACACUUCGACGUCAACUCCGGGUACUGCAAUUACAGAUUCGACGACGCUAGAUCAGCAGCAAGAAGCGAUUGACUCAAACGCUACAGCUAAUACGACCUCGCAGCGACCAAACACGACAAGCAGCACUACACCCCUCAUCGCCACGUCUUCGGCAUCUGCAUCGUCGGACGCGAAUCCCAACUACGGAACUUCUAGCACUCUGAGCAGUACGCCCUCGGACCCUAGUUCUGAGACCACCAAAUCCGAAUGGUCACCUUUGUUGAUACACAGUCCAGCUGUGCUAGGUGUAUGGAUGUAUAAGAGAAUGAGGAAUGGGAGGAGCAACAGAAUUGAUGGUGGUGAAACGGUCUGAUGUGCAGAUUGUGACUUUCCAGAUUUAGAACGAGAGUGAGGGAAGACAACAAGGCACGGGUAGUAGUCCAAGUCAAGUUGAACACGGCCUCGAACAUGUCACCAAGCACGCACAUGCACAAAGUAGAGAGCAAGAUCACAAUCUUCUUUUAAUAAACCAUGUCUGGCUUUUAUAUCCCAUCUAUCAUUCAAGAAAAGGGAUAGAUACCUAACGCACCUUAUC